UACAAGGCAAACUUCCUCAAGUUCCAUAUAUAUAUAUAUAUAACAAGUACUGCUACGUACUACUUCCGAGCUUGAAGAUGAACCCAAAUAGAAAGACGCAUGGGGUGUUGUCAAUGAUGUUAAUAUGGUGGUGGUUGACGGCUGUGGUUGUUGCAGACCCACAGAUCAAUCUCUUAAACAGCGGCUGCAGCCAAUACAACGUGUCCAACGAGUCGACCUUCUAUGCAAGCCUAAACGCCACCUUCUCCGACCUCACAGCACAGCUCAACAACACCAACACCAGAUUCGCAACUGCACAGCAAGUCACGGGUUCUGCCUAUGCCAUGGUCCAGUGCCGGAACUACCUCUCUACCGCCGACUGCCUCGCUUGUUUCACCGCCGCCAUCGCUCAAAUCCGCAACUGCUCCGCCGCCAACGGUGCCCGCGUCAUCUACGACGGCUGCUUCCUCCGGUACGAGAGCAGCAGCUUCUAUGACCAGACCACUCAGCCUGGUAAUAAAGGGGUUUGUGAAAAUCAGACAGCAUCGCAGACUCCUGCUUUUAGUACUGUGGUGAAAGAAUUGUUAGCAGAUCUCCAAGUUGCAACGCCUAGGAUUAAUGGUUUCUUUGGUGCGAGCAAGAAGGAAGUGGUUGGUGAUGAUGGUAACACAACAGUGUAUGCUGUGGCACAGUGUGCUGAAACAGUUAGUGAAAAUGGUUGUCAGGAUUGCUUGACAGUAGCGUCUACCAAUGCAGAACUAUGUCUUCCUGGUAGGGUUGGUCGGGCAAUUGAUGCUGGGUGUUUCCUGAGGUACUCAGACACGCCCUUUUUUGCUGAUAACCAAACUACUGAUAUAAGUCCCUUCUUAGGAAAUGGAAGUUCAAGCAAGAAGAAAACCAUUAUUGGAGGAGUAGUUGGGGGUGUUGUAGGUGCUAUUCUCAUUAUAGCUUUCUUUGUCUGGUUUACAAUACUAAGAAGGCGCAAGCCAGUUAUUCGAGGUGACAUACUAGGGGCAACUGAGCUGCGAGGCCCAGUUAAUUACAAGUACAAAGAUUUGAAAUCUGCAACAAAAAAUUUCAGCGAAGAAAACAAACUCGGAGAAGGAGGCUUUGGUGAUGUAUACAAGGGUACUCUGAAAAAUGGGAAGAUAGUUGCUGUGAAGAAACUAGCUAUAGGCCAAUCCUCAAGGGCGAAGGCAGAUUUCGAGAGUGAAGUGAAGCUCAUAAGUAAUGUUCAUCAUCGGAAUAUGAUCCGUCUUCUUGGGUGUUGUACCAAAGGGCCAGAACUACUUCUUGUUUAUGAAUACAUGGCGAACAGCAGCCUGGAUAAAUUCUUGUUUGGUGAAAGACGAGGGUCUCUCAACUGGAAACAAAGAUAUGAUAUAAUCUUUGGCACAGCUAGGGGUCUUGCUUAUCUACACGAAGAAUUCCAUGUAUGUAUCAUACAUAGAGAUAUCAAAACCGGCAACAUUCUUCUAGAUGAUGAUUUCCAAGCCAAAAUUGCAGAUUUCGGGUUAGCAAGGCUUCUACCCGAGGAUCAAAGCCAUCUCAGCACCAGAUUUGCAGGAACAUUAGGGUAUACGGCACCUGAAUAUGCAAUCCAUGGUCAACUAUCAGUAAAGGUAGAUAUCUACAGUUUUGGUGUUGUUGUUCUUGAGAUUAUAUGUGGCCGAAAAAGCAAUGAAGUGACGAAUGAUCCUGACGGCGAGUACCUCCUUGAACGGGCAUGGAAACUGUACGAGAAUGACAAGCAUGAGGAGUUGGUGGACGAAACCUUAGACCCAAACGAGUACACAGCAGAAGAAGUGAAAAGAAUUAUAGAGAUUGCUCUGCUGUGCGUUCAGUCAUCACCUGGUGUGAGGCCCUCAAUGUCUGAAGUUGUCGUUUUGCUCAAAAGCAAAGGGCCAUUGGAGCGGCAGCCACCAAGCAAGCCAGCCUACGUUGAUUCUGAGAAGAAGGUUCGUGGAGACAGAUCCACUUCAACCGCAUCAUCCACAUCUAAUGCCACUGCCUCUAUCUCUCAGCCCACGGGUCGCUAACGUAUGUAAAAGAUAUCUGGAAUUCUCAACCGCCACUUUGGUGCAUAAAGAUUGAUAUAUAGUUUCCUUUGCUUAAUAUUUAUGUAUACAGUGCAUCUCCAGCGAACUGAAGAAAAGUUCUUCCUGGAGUGUUCUUUAUUGAAAAAGCUGAUAAUAAGAGACAAUUGUAAGGAACCAAAUGCUUGACAUAAAUGACUUUGAAGCUUCAACCGAUAAGCAUUUGAAUUCAUCUUCUCAACUAUCUCCAACGGUCCAAUCUUCCUCACUCUUAGCUUACGUUGGAAUUAUUUCAAGUUCAAUUUGAGUGGUAACCAUUGAUGAUCUUUCAUUUCCUAAGAUGCUAUUGAA